GCAUGAUCAGCUUGGGAUAAAGUUUAGACUGCCUGAGCAGUAAAGUGAAUUGUUUUUUUUGUAAGGCAAGACAAAUUCAUUUCCAAGUCCGUCACUGGCAUCAGAGCUUUAGAGCUACAUUUUCGGUGCAGAAAUCUGACUUCAUAUUGAAAACAUGUGCGAGGUGAUCAUGAAAGAGCAGGAACAGGUGAUAUCCAGCACAGACCUGCAGGAAAACUCCUCAGAGGAAGAGAUUAUGUUCAUGAAGGGGGUCCAUCAAAGCAAGGUCCAACCGCCCUUCAGCAUUGUGCUGGCCACCUUGCUCUACGUCUCAGAGUUCAUCAUCACUGCCGUGGUCUGCACCAAGUUUGACAGAAACGGCCAUGUGUUCUGGAUGAGCUAUUCAGUCAUCUUCCUGCUGCUGCCUGCCGUGCUCAGUCAGUUAACGUUGACGUUCAUACACAGAGACCUGGGCCGAGAUCGGCCUCUGGUAUUCUUUCUGCACCUAGUGUUACUUGGACCCGUCCACAGGUGUAUUGAGGCUCUCUGGCUCUAUUACAGGGUGGGUGAGAGAGAGGAGCCCUAUUUCACCAUCUGCAGGAAGAUCCAUCUGGAGAAAGGACACAAGAUGCACAAAGAGUGGGAGGAGAGCCAGUCAGAGAGCAAACUGACCACUCACAGGGAUGCCUUCAAACGCACCACAGUCAUUCAGGCGUUUCUGGGCUCCACUCCUCAACUGACACUCCAGCUGUAUGUCACCAUUCAGCAGUCAUAUGUGAUGCCUUUAAGACUGAUCCUGAUGAUUAUCAACCUGAUUUCCAUCACAUAUGGGGCUCUCGUCUGCAGUGUUCUGGCCAUCCAGAUAAGAUAUGAAGACUACAAGCUACAGUGGCGUCCUACAGCCUACCUGUGCAUGAUCAUGUGGAGGUUUCUUGAGAUUUCCACCCGGAUCACCAUUCUGGUUCUGUUCAGCACGGCUCUCUCACACUGGGUUGUCCUUGUUGCCAUGGUUAACCUGCUCAUAUUUUUCUUCCUGCCCUGGGUUGAAUUCUGGACUAAGAGGGGCUCGAUGAAUCACAAUGUGGAUAAGGAUUUGACUCAGCUUGGCACCAUAGUGGUGCUGUGUGUUUUUACAUUGCUCUAUGCCUGUAUCAAUAUAUUUUGCUGGUCAGCGUUGCAGCUUGACCUUUACAAUGAGGACCUCAUCAGGAGAAGGCAGACCUGGUACCUCCUGACCACCUACUACUUGGGACGCUUUAUUGAGAACAUCAUCCUCAUCGGCAUCUGGUUCAUCUUUAAGUCUGACUUUGUGUUUUUUAGCGCCACACUGCUGUGUAUCCAGCUGGUCAUCUGCUACACCCUGGCCGUGUUCUUCAUGCUGCUUUUCUUUCAGUACUGCCACCCCUGUAGGAGCCUCUUCAAGCACAACAUCAAAGACUUCCUGAGCUGUGUCUGCUGCAGUAGAGUAAGUCGAAUAGCAGCUGAAGAGGGAGUCGGACGUGGCUGCCUCUUUCACCCUCAACUACCAACCCCAUCCUCCACUGCUGCCACCAUUGUGCAUGUGACGGAGCAGCCACAUGAGCUGCAAGACCCCCAAAACUCUCACCUCUUUGCACAGGGCAAGGAGACUGUUCUUGUUGACAUGGUGGAAGGAGCUUAUAGAUGGCAUUCUGCCAAAUUUCGUCAACAUCCAAGUUCUAUUUAG